UUCUGCUAGAUCCCAAUAAUCAAAGUGCUUUUCCCACUGCAACCUUUUUUUCUCCAUUGCCAUCCCAUCACUAUUCACUCCCGUGAACAACAACCCCCUUCCUCAAUUUCGUCGCUAUUCACCAAAUCCAUUGACUCCCUUUACACGAGAUUAUUCUGUUUCCUUUUUUCCCACACAGUAAUUCUAAUUAUCUCGUGAAAUUGUACAGCAUUUUGAGAUUAUUUACAGCAACUAGUUUGUAUAAAAGGGCACUACCAUGUAUAGCAGAAAACCUGUAAAACCCUCACUAUUUCGAAAAUUUAAGUUUCUUUUCAUUUCAAUGGCUUCAUUUUUCAUUCUAACACUCCUCUCUUUACUUCUCUUCUUUUCAAUCUCCUCCGCCGCUCGCCACCACAAUUCGCCGAAGUUAUCCACGACGCCGUCGAUUGCCGUUGAGAUCCGUGGAGCUUGCAAGGCAUCGCGGGACCCACCAACGUGCGAGUCCGUGUUAACGGACUCAGGCAACUUGCCGUCUGAGCCAACGACGCCGUUAAUCAUUCAAUCCGCCGUUAAAGUCUCAUCACAGAACAAUGACAAGGCGAAGGACAUGGUGAAGGCAAUCAUGGACGCGUCCGCAGGGAAUCAGAACCGUACGGACGCGGCGAAGGUGUGUAUGGAGGUGCUCGGGUACGCGGAGUACCGGGUCGGGUUAGCGGGUCAGGCAUUAACACGUGGCGAGCUAAAAAACUCACGCGCGUGGAUGAGCGCCGUGAUGGUUUACCAGUACGACUGCUGGUCCGCUUUAAAGUACGUUAACGGAACCUCACAGGUGUCCCAAACGAUGGCGUUUUUAAACUCUUUAAUCGGGUACAGCAGCAAUGCAUUGGGUAUGCUGGUAAACUACGAUAUUUAUGGGGAGAAUACCGGGUCAUGGACCCCACCAAAAACAGAACGAGACGGGUUCUGGGAAGGUUCGGGUUCGGGCGGGUCGGGUCAAGUAAAGGGUGGGGUGCCAUCCGGGUUGAAACCGGAUGUGACUGUGUGCAAGGAAGGAGGUUGUGAUUAUAAGACUCUGCAGGAAGCGGUGAAUGCUGCACCAGAUAAUCAGGUGACCCGGAAGUUUGUGAUAUGGAUCAAAACCGGGCUGUAUGAGGAGAAAGUUCGGGUCCAGUUGGAGAAGAAGAAUGUGGUAUUUUUGGGUGAUGGCAUGGGCAAAACUGUUAUUACCGGUUCGUUGAAUAUUGGUAUUUCGGGCGUCACUACUUAUGAAACUGCAACUGUGGGAGUUGUUGGUGAUGGAUUCAUGGCCAGUGGCAUCACCUUCCAAAACACAGCAGGUCCGGAUGCCCACCAAGCUGUAGCAUUCCGAUCAGACAGUGAUCUUUCAGUUAUAGAAAAUUGUGAAUUCAUUGGCAAUCAAGACACCUUAUAUGCUCAUGCAUUGCGCCAAUACUACAAGUCCUGCCGUAUCCAAGGCAAUGUAGACUUCAUUUUUGGGAACUCUGCUGCAUUCUUCCAAGAAUGUGACAUCUUAAUUGCGCCUCGACAACUCAAUCCUGAAAAGGGAGAGAAAAAUGCUGUGACUGCUCAUGGCAGGAUAGACCCUGCACAGUCAACUGGCUUUGUCUUCCAAAAUUGUCUGAUCAAUGGAACAGACAAAUACAUGGCCUUGUACUACAAGAAGCCCAAGGUGCACAAAAAUUAUCUGGGAAGGCCAUGGAAGGAGUAUUCGCGGGCCGUCUUUAUAGAAUGUACUUUGGAGGCUCUUGUUUUAGCUGAUGGCUGGUUGCCCUGGAGCGGUGAUUUCGCGUUGAAGACUCUUUACUAUGGAGAAUAUAAAAAUACUGGUGCCGGAGCUAAUACAGCAGGGCGAGUGCCGUGGAGUAGCCAAAUCCCAGCUGAACAUGUUAACUCUUACUCUGUACAAAGUUUCAUUCAAGGGGAUCAGUGGAUUACUGCUACUACUUGAUUAAAUUGUAAUGUUAAAUUACAUCUAGUUAGUCAAGCUUAUUAUCCUCGAAUGUGAUUACAAAUCAUCAACCUCGUGUACCAUUACGGGAAAAAACUUGGAUUUUUUUAAUGUGAGAUCUUUCCCAAAGCUUCAAAUCAGUUUGAUGUGUGAA